AUGAAGAAUGAAGACUCAAAACUGCAAGAAAGAAGACUCGAGAACGAAGGCUCAAGAGGCCAAGAAAGAAUACUCAAGACUGCAAGAACGAAACUCAAGAGGGCAAGAGCGAAGACUCAAGUGAGCAAGAAAGAAGACUCAAGAUUGCAAGAAAGAAUACUCAAGAUUGCAAAAAAGAAGACUCAAAAUUAUUGCAAGAAAGAAGACUCAAGAGGGCAAGAAAGAAGACUCAAGAGGGCAAGAAAGAAGACUCAAGAGGGCAAGAAAGAAGACUCAAGAGGGCAAGAAAGAAGACUCAAGAUUUCAAGAAAGAAGAUUCAAGAGGGCAAGAAAGAAGACUCAAGAUUUCAAGAAAGAAGAUUCAAGAGGGCAAGAAAGAAGACUCAAGACUGCAAGAACGAAAACUCAAGAGGGCAACAGCGAAGACUCAAGAUUGCAAGAAAGAAUACUCAAGAUUGCAAUAAAGAUGACUCAAUAUUGCAAGAAAGAUUACUCAAGAGGGCAAGAAAGAAGACUCAAGAUUGCAAGAAAGAAGACUCAAAAGGGCAAGAAAGAAGACUCAAGAGGGCAAGAAAGAAGACUCAAGAGGGCAAUAAAGAAGACUCAAGAGGGCAAGAAAGAAGACUCAAAAGGGCAAGAAAGAAGCCUAAGAGGGCAAGAAAGAAGACUCAAAAGGGCAAGAAAGAAGACUCAAGAGGGCAAGAAAGAAGGCUCAAGAGGGCAAGAAAGAAGACUCCCGAGGGCAAGAAAGAAGACUCACGAGGGCAAGAAAGAAGACUCAAGAGGGCAAGAAAGAAGACUCAAGAGGGCAAGAAAGAAGACUCAAGAUGGCAAGAAAGAAAACUCCAGAGGGCAAGAAAGAAUACUCAAGAGGGCAAGAAAGAAGACUCAAGAUUGCAAGAAAGAAGACUCAAGAGGGCACGAAAGAAGACUCAAAUUGGGCAAGAAAGAAGACUCAAAUUGGGCAAGAAAGAAGACUCAAGAGGGCAAGAACGAAGACUCAAGAGGUCAUCAAUAAAUACACAGAAAGACUCAAGACUGCAAGAACGAAGGCUCAAGAGGGCAAGAAACAAGACUCAAGAGGGUAAGAAAGAAGUCUCAAGAACGAAGGGUAAAUUUUCAAGAAAGAAGACUCAAGAGAGCAUGAAGAGCGAAGACUCAACUGCAAGAACAAAGACUCGACUGGAAGAACAAAGACUCGACUGGAAAAUCAAGACUCGACUGGAAAAACAAAGACUCAACAGGAAGAACAAAGAUCCAACUGCAAGAACAAAGACUCGACUGGAAGGACAAAGACUAGACUGGCAGAACAGACUCGACCUAAGAACAAAGACUCUUAAGGGGCAAGAACGAAUACUCGAGAGGCUUAGAACGAAUACCCGAGAGGGCAUCGAGAACAAAAACCUAAGACUGUAAGAAUUAAGACAAUCACUAGAGGACAUGAAGUAAGAAGACUCAAGACUACAAUUAUACAAAUGCAAGAAGGCAACAAGAAGAAAAACUGAAGAAGGCAUGAAGAGAGAAGACCUAAGAAGGGCAAGACCAAUACUCAAGAAGACCCGAGACGGCAAAAAGAAAUAAGACUCAAGAGGGCAAGAACGAUGACUCAAGAUCGCAAGAACGAUGACUCAAGAUCGCAAGAACGAAGACUCAAGAUCGCAAGAACGAUGACUCAAGAUCGCAAGAACGAUGACUCAAGAUCGCAAGAACGAUGACUCAAGAUCGCAAGAACGAUGACUCAAGAUUGCAAGAACGAAGACUCAAGAUCACAAGAACGAAGACUCAAGAGGGCAAAUGAAGGUAGAAAAAGAAAGUAGACAAGAAAGGAAUCUUAUCGGACAUCUGACAAGAAAAUAGAAUCCAAAGAGAAGAAAGAAAUUCGAGAUAUGCUGAAAUGUAGUUACCAAUAGCUAAUAAACAGAAGAAAAACAAAAUUGAAGAAGACGGCAGAGAGAAAACAAAGAAAGCUUCCAGGACCAGAAAAAAAACCACCAGACCAGACCGGACCAGAAAAAGAAAAGUCGACACUGAUGCAAAUGCGAUAUUCAUCGGCAGAACAAAUACAAAUUCAAGCGCCACGUGUAAGCAGUGGUUCAGUCAAAGAGUACCUACGUGAAGACGACCCCUACCAGUUCAUGAAGACCGCCCGUGCCCCUAAAUACGAAGACUCGCAAGACUACCUAUACGAUUGUAAAGAUUCAAUAAUAAAGUUAAUUUAUCAGGUUA